AUGGUCUCAAGCGUCGAUGCCAUCUACGAAGGCCGUAUUGUCUACACCCCUUCGAGUUUUAUGGAUAUUAUUCCAGAUCACUACAAACUCAAGCCUAUUUCGCUUUACAACCCACGCGAAGGGCCUUUACUGGACCAAUAUCGACUGCUUGUGCCUCGUACCAGGAACAUUCUCGAGGUUUUCCAGUUCCUGAUUCUGCUGGCUCUCUAUCUCUUUGUUAUGGCCGAGCGAAAGCCGGAGACUUUCACCGUCUUGGAAGGUUGUUUCGCUGUCUAUGCCUUUGGAUGGUCCCUCGACCAAUUUGCUACUAUUUUGGAGCAUGGCUGGCACGUUUACACCCAGAAUCUGUGGUCCUUCCUUGAUGUUGGCUUCAUUGGCAUCUAUAUUGUAUACGCUGUACUGCGCAUCCAUGGAGCCCGAGUCGGAGAACUUGUUCCAAAACAACAAGCUCUCGACGUACUUGCGAUGGGUGCCCCGGUGCUGGUCCCCCGUCUUGCCUUCAACUUGCUAUCGGAUAAUCUGGUUUUCCUCUCCUUGCGAUCCAUGAUGUCGGACUUUGUCCUUCUUACGUUUCUGUCAGCUUGGUGCUUCGGCGGCUUUCUACUGUCGCUUCUGUGGCUUGGUGAAGGUGCACAUCCUCCUGUCACUAUCAGUCCUGUCCUAAUGGUCGCUUUCGCCUUCCUGGGAAACACUUUGUUCCUCACCAUCCUUGUCUCGAUGCUUUCCAAUACAUUUAGCACGAUCGUUAAGAACGCGACUGCAGAGAUAAUGUUCCGCAAGGCUGUCUUGACACUAGAAGGAGUCAAGGGCGAUGCCAUCUUUGCGUACCAGCCCCCCUUCAACAUUCUAGCCGUCUUCAUCCUUAUUCCGCUCAAGUUCAUCCUCACCCCGCGAUGGUUCCAUAAGAUACAUGUAGCCAGCGUUCGGCUAGUCAACCUUCCGCUGCUACUGAUCAUCGCGGUGGCGGAACGCAGAAUCCUUUGGCCAGCGCCGCAGCCGGAGAAGAAACAGUCCAGCAGCCUGACGCUGUACCCGAGGGUCAAGCAAUGGUUCUGGGAGAAGUGGCGCAUAACGGCCCACCGCGACAUAAGAGCCGUGUUCGACCUGCCACCGCCCGAGUCCGUCGAGGAGGAGAUUGCGGUGGAUGACGAGCUUACACACCACCUCAUCCGGCGACAAUUCACCCGGUCCAUUACGAAUGACACCAUGAGGAAGAAGUCGCCUCUUAGGAGAGAUUCGAUGUUCCCGGGCGUGUCGUCCAAGUUGCGCGGGUCCUUUACGGGAAGCGAAGAUAUGCAGGACGUCGGCAGCAGAUUAGAUUCUCUCGAGCAAACGUCCCUGAGAAUCGAAGCCUUACUGGCGCGCAUGCUGGACGCCGAAGAUUACUCUGACCGAGGCUUCGGUACUGGGGAGAGUAGCACCCUUCGCGAUGGAGAAGCGCCUCUGACCCAGUCACCCAGUUAG